GCCCCUGUCCGGGGGAGGCGGGGCCGGUUCGCGGAGGCCCCGCGGCGGCGGCGGCUCAGGCACAGCCGGGACGAGCACGGACGUUGGCAGGGUGAUGCCAGCUUGACCCAGAGCCAUGUCCAGGUACCUGAAGCACUUCACGGUUGUGGGCGAUGACCCUGUGCAGUGGAGCAACGACUACCAGAAAUGGGAGGAGGAGGAGGACAAUGGGGACAAGCAGCAGGACUCGGAGAUCAAGGUGGAGCCUGCCAGGAGACAGAUCUCCUUCCAGGACAUGAUGAAAAAGCUCUUCAGCUCCCACAGGUUUCAGAUCGGGGUUGUCUGGCUGGUGAUCCUGGAUGCCUUGUUGGUUCUUGGGGAAUUGCUCAUGGACUUGAAAAUCAUCCAUCCGGACAAAUAUAACAUAACCCCAAAGGUUUUCCACUACCUCUCCCUGUCCAUUUUAACCAUCUUCCUGGUCGAGGUGGGGUUCAAGGUGUUCGUGUAUCGCCGCGAGUUCUUCCACCACAAGUUUGAGGUGCUGGACGGGGUGGUCGUGGUCGUGUCCUUCGUGCUCGACGUCGUCCUCAUCUUCCAGGAGCACGAGUUCGAGGCCGUGGGGCUCCUGAUCCUGCUGCGGCUCUGGAGGGUGGCCCGGAUCAUCAACGGAAUAAUUUUAUCAGUGAAGACCCGCUCGGAACAACAAGUGUCCAAGUUAAAACAAGCCAACCUGAAACUUGCAACAAGGCUGGAACAACUGGAAUACAGCUGUGUAGAGAAGGAGCAAGAAAUCGAGAGGCUGAACAACAUCUUAAAGCAGCACGGACUCCUCAGCCAGCCAAAGUAGGAGGCCAGUUUUCCAAGGUGGGAAUUCUGCCUGGAGAGUGCACUGUUGGAAUCCACCAGCUUGACCUGAAAGGUUUUUUUUUCUGUCUCUUUACUUCCUCUUGCAUUGUGUUGUCUAUAAACAUUUUCUAUUUGACCACACUUUGAUCAGACCUUGAGAUUGCAAAAAGAGUUUUGCUGGAAAAUUAAUCACACACAGUCCCUGUAAACAACAAUUUUUUUCCCCUUUCUUGUACAGUUGUACAGUCAAAAUUGCAAAAUAAGUUAAUAAAGACACAUCUUUACAAGCUAUACA